UGUGUACUGUUUGGAAGAAACCUCGAUACAUCCGGUUCCGACAUGCGCCAUUUUGAUGAAACAGCGAGGAGAGAAGCCGUUUGGAUCACAGUCAUGGAUUUUAUGGAUUUAAACUGAAGAUUCAUCUGGAUACACAACUUUCAACUUUUCGUGAUGGAAAAUAACCGCGCACUGAAGAGGAACCGUUGUGUCAUAAUUGCCUAACUGGUGGAUUUGUUAGAUAAUUCGACAGCUAACUUGGGCAACAUUGUUAGCAUAGCAACGUUAGCUUUUGUUAGGCAUGUUACAUGUUGUGGUACCGUUAGCUAAUAUCGAGGUGUAGCAUGUUAGCCUUGGCAUUAGCUAACUAGCUAAUUUAGCUUUUCAACAGUAGAUUUCGAUUUCAGAAUACUCUCUUCAAGGUCUAACGCCGAUUACGUAACAUUUGUGGACUCAUUGCGGAAGCUUUUGUGGACUUUUUUUUUGUUGAGAUCGGUGGGAUUGUUCCUGAAUUGACAUAUAAGAACUAUUUCAACAAAGCAAAAACACUUAAGGACUGAUGCUCUGGAAACCCCAGGCCCGCUGUUAGCUACACCAACGUCCUGUAGCGCGGCGGCCCGGGUUUUCCACCAAAGACAAUUCACGGUGGACCUGGCCUCAUUCACAACCCUGUUAUAGAUUAACGUGGUGCUGCAGGGACGCUCUUGGAUUUGGUGGCACUUCGUUAUGUUUUAUCGGACUCUAAAGAACUGAAAAGGCUCACGGUGCCGCUCAAUGGCACUCUGGCCUCACAUCUCAAUUAUUUUUCUUUUGCAAUAACAAAGACACUUUCGUCAUCUGCGAGCUGAUCCCUUUCCCACAUUUUACAACUUUAUUUGUCUGCAGUGUUUCAGCGAAUAUAAAGAAGGUUUAUCAAUUAAAGUCACCAGUUUAGCUGUGUUCAGUGUUGACGCUGUUUUAUUUUAUCAUACCAGGCCUGUGUUUUUUUUCUUGUGCUUGAUUGACUUAAGUGCUUAGAUCUGUUAAAAUGUCGUGUGUUCACUAUAAGUUUUCUUCCAAACUGGACUACAACACAGUCACUUUCGAUGGACUGCAUAUCACCCUCAACGAGCUUAAAAGGCAGAUUAUGGGCCGAGAGCGCCUCAAGGCCACAGACUGCGACCUGCAGAUCACCAAUGCGCAGACUCGAGAAGAAUACACAGAUGAUGAAGCCCACAUCCCAAAGCACUCGUCCGUGAUCGUUCGCCGCACUCCGCUUGGUGGAGUGAAACCUGCUGGCAGGACGUUCAUUGUAGAUCGUUCUGACACAGCUGUGGUUGGAUCUUCUAGACCCACUGAUUCUUCUCCAUCUAUGUCACUUGCCCAACUCGCCAAGACGGCUAACCUGGUCGACGCUAAUGCAUCAGAGGAAGACAAGAUUAAAGCCAUGAUGUCUCAGUCCAAUCAUGAAUAUGACCCAAUACAUUACUCCAAGAAGGCAGUUGGACCGCCGCCUGCGCACUAUACUUGCUUUCGUUGUGGAAAGGCUGGCCACUAUAUUCGACAAUGCCCCUUGCUCUUGAUCCAGGAUAAGAGUGUGGAGGGUCCAAAGCCAGUAAAGAUCAGUAAAGGCAUUCCUCAGAGCUUCAUGGUGAAAGCAGAGCCAGGCACAAAGGGAGCCAUGUUAACCAGCACUGGAGAAUACGCCAUACCUGCAAUAGAUGCGGAGGCGUACGCACAAGGAAAGAAGGAGCGACCUCCAUUUGUUCCACACGACCAGUCAUCCUCUGAGGAUGAAACAGAUCCUAUUCCAGAUGAACUCCUUUGUCCGAUCUGCAACGACCUAAUGACAGAUGCCGUAGUGAUACCCUGCUGUGGAAACAGUUACUGUGAUGAUUGUAUCAGAACUACCUUGUUGGACUCAGAGGAGCACGUCUGCUUCACAUGCAAACAGUCGGAUGUUUCCCCGGAUAAUCUUAUUGCCAACAAGUUUCUUAGACAGGCUGUGAACAACUUUAAGAAUGAGACGGGAUACACCAAACAUGUGCGCAAGCAGGUCCAAAAUUCAGCCCCGCCUCCACCGCGCCUUCAUCUGCUCCGGCAGUCCAGGCAGCAGGACCCACUGAUGGCCCAUAUCCCUCAGCCUCCUCCUCGCACGAUCACCCCCCCGACUGCCCCCCCAAUACGAGUCCCAUCUCCUGCAUCUGCUCCUUCACCUGUACCUGCUGCACCUGCUGCUGCAUCUCCUUCUGCUCCUACCCCCCCUCAUGCUGACUCUGUAGAAGAACAGGUUGAUUCUCCAUCCCCCGCACCUGUUGUUGACCACCACUCUCCCAUGCACUCCACCAGCCACAGUGAACCAACCCCGCCCAGUGAGGCGGAUCCAGAACCUUCUGUGACACCAGACUCAUCAGGAACCUCAGAAAGUGGACCCCCGAACUACCGUUUACCUUUAAUUGGCCACCUGCCAGCUGGAAGGCCACCUAAUCCUCCCGGUCACCAGUCCCGUCCGCCGCAAUCUCACAGAGGGGGAGGCAGACCCUGGGAGAGGUUUAACAGAGGCAGAGAGGAGCACCCCUCAAAUUACCUCCAGACAGCACCCCCCCCUGUACCUAUUCCUCCAAUGUACCCAGCUCCCUCCAUGUACCCUCCCCCACCCCAGUCCUACCCCCCUCCGUACUCCUCUGGCCCUGGCCUUCUCCCUCCUGUCAUGGGUUACCCACCCCAGCCUAUGUAUGUCCAAGGACCACCAGGGCUGAACCCCCCCUGGGUUCCUCCUGGAGUCCAGCCCCCUCUCAUGCCUCUGCCCCCCAUGCCUCAGCCCCCCCUCUCUAAAGAAGAUUUCUACAGACAGCGACACCACAGACAAGACAAUGUUACAUCCAAACUGGAUGAGUUUACUAAAGACUUCCACAAAGAGCUUAUGAAGUACAGAAAUGCACCAAAGAGAAGAAAACCAUCUUAUUCAAGAUCUCGGUCAUACAGUCGCUCUCCGUUCAGCCGUUCUCCUUACUCUCGCUCAAGAUCAAGAUCCAGGUCCUACUCUUAUUCCCCGAGUCGCUCCCGCUCACGCUCUCAUGGCCGCUCAUAUCCCCGCUCCCCUUAUUCUAGACGUAAUGGACGUAGUUAUGGACGCUCACGCUCGAGGUCCCGCUCACGUUCAAGGUCUUAUGGGUAUCGGCGCUCCGGCUCACCACGGUCUCCUCCCCCUUUCCGCCCAGGAGGCUGGGAGGGAGCAGAAGGAGCCGCACCCUACAGGUCGCGGUCUCGCUCCCCAGGCCCUGCUGGUUUCCGGCCCCGCAGCCCUGGUGGACGAAAGCCGCCUCCCCGGGAGCUCCCACCAUAUGAAAUGAAGGGUCCGAGUCCCAGUGGCAAUGAGCGCUGGGAAAGAGAACGGUAUCGACAGUGGGAGAAAGAAUAUGCAGACUGGUACAACAAGUACUACAAAGGCUAUGAUAACCAACAUCCCUCAAUGCAUCACAGAGGUCGUGGCAGCAGAGACAGGGAGCGGGACAGAAUGUCCCCAGUAAACAAAGAUUACUCCCCCCAAGGGAGAGGAAGAAGAGGGCGUGAAGAGAGAGGUGCUCCCCCUAAUCAUCCUACAUCUUCCUCCUCAUCAGCCGCCAAGUCCAGCUCCAAACUCUUAAAGACAAAGAAGGUAAAGAAGAAAAGGACUGGGGAGGAAUCGGAGUCAUCCCAUCAGUCAGUGGACAGAGGGGAUGCUACUCCUGUCAGAGACGAACCAAUGGACGAUGUGCCUGCACUCCUUAAAUCUCCUCCUGCUUCCUCAAAGGCUUCAGCUGGAGCCGCAACCUCCAAAGCUCCAUCCUCUAAAAGCCCUGCUGCAGCCAGCAAACCCUCAACCAAGUCAACAUCCAAGACUCCAUCUGAUAAGACAAAGAAAGACAAGGCUCUUAAGGCAAAAGUCAAAGUCAAGACAGAAGCCGUGAAGGUUAAGACUGAGAAGGUGAAGAAGAAGACUGCGGAGGUAGUUGUUAACAAAAAGAAAGACUCUUCCUCCUCUUCCUCUGCCACUAAGCCGUUAAAGAGUGUUAAACCCAAACAAGAAGAUGCCCCAAACCCAACUACCCCUAAAAAGGAAAAGAGUAAAAGCUCUGCAGUGAGGCCGCCCCUACUUAAGACACCUCCAUUGUCCUCUCUACACCAUCCCUCUCUUCAUGACGGCCCACGACCGGGCCACGACAUCCACGGGAGAAGGGAUCUCCCACAGGGUGGUGGUCUGCUCCCCCUCCCGCAUCAACACGGACUCCCACUCCUCCACCGACCUCCCUCCCCUGAAAGUCGGAGAAGAAUGGGUGAGGAGGGCCGCUCUAUUCUCGGACCUCCUCCUGGAAAGCUGAGGAGAAUUGAUGUGCUCGGGGGUGUAGGUGAUGUCAUGUCCCAUUCCCACAUGUCUCACCUGCCCCCGCUCCACAGACUCCCCCACUCAGACAGGCCCGGUCUCCUUCCCAUACCAGGGACCCGCGAGAUGGGACGGGGGGACGCGGACCGAGGAUCCAUCCGACCGCUCAUGGACCUUCAGGUGAAGCCCCUGAACCAGAGGAGGAUCAAGUUGAACAGGGACCUGGGGAGAAAAGGCAGCACUGAAACCGCACCCUCAGACAGAGCCCCGUCGGGUCCCGAGAAGACCUCCUCCACUUCGGACCGAUCAGCUGCUGCUAACGUGUCUGAAGGAGACCGAGCUAGCAGUGCAGCAGAAGGUGCCGGAAGGAAGGAGCGGUCUAAAUCUGCUGAGAGGGGAGUCUCCAGAGAGAGACCUGGAAGUGCUGGAGACAGACCGCAGGGCUCUGACAGAGAGCAGAGCCGAAGCUCGGGACAGGACAGAGAGCGAGACAGAGCUUCAGGGUCAGACAGGGACAGAGAGAGAGGCACAGCGUCUGACAGAGACAGAGAGAGAGACAGGGGAUCACAAAAGAUCGCAGUGACAGUGGAGAGAGACCCUGAAGCAGAGAGGUCUGUGAGGACAGAGCGAAAGAACUCUGGUUCAGGAGGGAGGUCUGUCUCUCUAGAUAAAAUGACCAUCGCGGAAAAAUCGUCCACCUCCAAGAGCUCCACAGAGCCUCCGGAGAAGCCAAGGACAUCCUCUAAGGAGAGAGGCGAAGGGUCAGAACGAUCGGCUAAAUCCCACAGGAGUGUGUCUAAGGACCGAGCAGAGAGGAGUGUCCCUGCGGGAGAGAAACCAGCUGCUGCGCACAGAGAAGCAGUUAAAGACAGUGAGGAGCCAGUUGCGAAAAGCAAACCGAGGAUCAGCAGAAAGGUCCUGACCGGCUCCACAAGGUCAACCCAAGAAACCAAACGAGACUCGGAUAAAGAUCAGAAGAGUUCAUCCUCCAAACCUGCAGAGCAGCCUCCAUCCAGCCCUGUGGGCAGCCGUGGCCGCAGCCAGAGCGUCAGCCCGCUAGCGAGCCCGGCCAGGGAGGAGCCGAUCAUCCAGCCUCCCCCUCGCUCCAAAUGGGAGAGAGAAGAUGACGAGGAAGGUCAGGAAAACGGAGUAACUGCACCCAAGGAGCCUUCACCAGUACCACAGAGGAGCCGAGGCAGAGAGGGACAGACCGAAGCGUCUAAACCCGUCAGGGGGGAAGGUCAGGAUGCAACCAAGGAGGAGAGGAGAGGAGUAACAAGGGAAGAGAAGAAGGGGAGAGCACCAAGGGAAGAGGGUAAAAGUGGGAGGACAACACAGACAAACUCUGACAAACCAACCAAAAUAAAACUUGUGAGGGAGGAGGGGAGAAGAGGAAGAGAGGAAGGCAGAGCUGCAGCGAGAGAAGAGGGGAGAGGUGGAGGAAGAGAUGAGGGGCGAGGAGUGACAGGGAAGGAGGAGAGGGCUGCAGAAGGCAGAGGUGGAGGAGGACGAGAGGAGAGUCGAGGCCCGGAGCCCAGGAGACCGCGCUUGUGUUCAGACCUUGGUCGGGAGACGGACGAGGCCGCCUUUGUGCCCGACUACAGCGAAGGAGAGGGAUCAGAGCCGGAGAGAGGAAGAAGCGGCAGCGCCAGCGUCUCCCUCAGCCAACCUUCCACCCCAACCCCGAGCAACCAUAGCGGCACGGCAACAUCCACCACCGGUGACAAAAAGAAGAAGAAACACAAGAAACAUAAGAAACACAAGAAGCACAAGAAGCACAGCGUCCAGGAAAAAGAAGCAGAACAGAAGGAGCACAAGCACAAACACAAGAAAAAGAAACACAAAAAGAGCAAAGACAAAGGUGUGGAGGAGGAAGACGAGGAGAAAAUGGAGAAAGCAGGGGAAGGGGCUUCUUGCUAACAGGGCCUAGGCUAGUGCUGCCGGCCAAAAUCUGUAACCUUCCUUGUUGAGGAGAUAAUGAUGCAUCUAGAAAUAUCGACUAACACUGGCUUGCUGCUCCUUUUGCCACUCUGAAGGACAUGGAUGAAACAAGUCUUUGUCCAUGACUCUGUCUGGCUGUCUUUCACUUAAUGUCACUGCAGCGUUAUGACCACUGCUGAGGUUCCUUUAUCGUUCAACGUGAGCCUCUUCUUUGUGACUUUGGGUCAGGAAAAACUCUGAAGCUGUGCUGCACUAUUCUGCUCAAACUAGAGCCCCCCCCAGAGAGGACUUUAUGGAGAUGACUGAUCACACGGCAGUGACUCUAAAUGAUAGGAAUAACAAACACUGUACUCAGGGAUGUGAUUGCUUCUCUGUAGACGAGGAAUCACUCUUUCUCUGCCUCUGAUCCAUUUGUAAAUAGAGAUGUAUUAUUGCUUCUCAUAAUAAUAAUUUCCGCUCUGGUUUUUUGUUCACAUCCCUGUGUGCUGUUCAAGGUUAACAUACUGAAUAACCGUCAUUGUAAUGAGGGCCGUUGUAAGCUCUUUGUUUAGGGACUGUACUCUGGUUUUGCCUGUAAUAGGACAUGAUCGUCUAUGCUUUUCAUAGCUGCUGACCAUCUUCAAGCCUUAUAAUGUCAUUUGUAGGCAGCUGUUGGUUUCAAUCAUCAUAGUACUUUUUAUUUUGGUUCCUAAUUGAUGUAAAUUGAAAAUGGAGGUAACAGAAUAUUCUUGCAUAGUUAACAUUUCUUACCAAACCUAACAUGAAAGAAAUCCAGCAAUCCUUUGGAAAUGGUUAGCAUUUAAGUAUUGGGUAUUGGACGUGCGAAAGCCGGCAGAAUCAGCAGUAUGGUCCUUUUUUAAGUAGCCAUGCUACACUGGAUUGUUUGAAUCUAGGAUGUGUUUAUUAAUAAUGUGAAAUCGGUCGGCAUGUUUUCUUUCCAACGGUGCAGUAGCUGUACAUUAUUUGUCUGAGUGAAUGUGUAAGUGUGAAAGUGAAAUGUGACAGAAGUGAGGCAAAAUGGAGGACAGGUGUUCUUACAGACGAGUUGUUACUUUUCUUUUCUUUUUUUAUUAAAAUGUUUUGACCUCAAGAAAA